UCGUAGCUGAUAUUGGGAAUCCUGGUUCAGAAAUGUUUUGGCGUUACAAUAAAAAACCAAACGGUGACUGUACUGUGGAUGUGCGCAUGCGCAGUCCCAGCCGCGGAGCCGCAGGAGAUCAGCGCUGCCAUCCCUGCUGUUUUGGUAACUUUAGUUUUUCCUCUUUUUCAGUGUUCCAGCACAACAGACAGGGACACAGACAUGAGUGCCAAAGUAAACAUGGAGGCUCCAUCCAAAGAACCCGACUCCACUCUUAUUGACCCGUCGACCCCGUCUGCCAACGAGACCAUCCUUAUCUGCGGCAGUGAUGGUAUGGCCAAGAAGACGCGACCCCAGCCCCACACCACCACCACGGCUCUGCUCCUCCCAGCCCCUGCCCAUCAGAAGAUGGAGGUGACUCCAGCCGUUGCCAUGGGAACCCCAGGUAAAGCUACCAGGGUUAACGAGAUAACUGCGCCUGCCCUGACGGCGCAGGUGGGCGGGGCUUGUAGCAUCGUCCACGUCCUCGAGUGGAAGGAGGGGAUGGCCAUCCUACCCAGUAGCAACCUGAAGUUCUGUGUGAGUGAUGUUGGAGCCCUGAGCACGCUGAUCACCCCGGGGACAACUAGCGGCGCCACUGAACCAGCAGCCGGGACUUCUGGGAGAUCCACUGAUGCAGAAAGUGUGCCAGACAAACCAGUGCUCGCGCUGUCUGGCCCAGAGGUCCUGGCUCCGGUCGGUGCCGUGAGAGCUGCAGCCGUGGAGCCGGAGAGGUUGGUGCCAGUCAAACCUGAAGUCCACGUGGGACCAGGGCAACAGAACCACGAGCCCAGAGCACAGAGGAGCUACUCAGACGAGCUACGCAGGGACCCCAUCAUCGAUAAACGGAGUGUCAGUGUGGAGAAGGUUCCGGCAGGCGGGAGGGUCUCCUCCCUUAACCCCGACCACCUGAAGCCCAUGAGGAAGAGGAAGAGGAAGGAGUACCUGAGCCCAUCGGAGGAGGAGUCUGACAUGGAGGGCACAGAUGAGAAAAUGGACGAUUCUAAAGCUGACGGCCGACACAUCAGAGGAGGUUAUGGUGGGGAUAGCAAGACGGAGCAGUGGACGUGGGUGCAGUAUCUGGAAGAAACCAAAGCUGCUGCUGCUCCCAACAAGCUUUUCCAAGAGUCGCAAAGGGUGCCCACUGUGAAGAACGGUUUUAAGCAGGGCAUGAAACUGGAAGGCAUCGACCCGCAGCAUCCCUCCAUGUACUUCGUCCUCACCGUGGCCGAGGUCUGCGGUUACCGGCUCCGGCUGCAUUUCGACGGCUACUCCGACUGUCACGACUUCUGGGUGAACGCCAACUCCCCGGACAUCCACCCUGCAGGCUGGUGUGAAAGCACAGGACACAAACUGCACACUCCCAAAGGCUGUAAAGAGGAGGAAUUUACAUGGACCAACUAUCUGAGGAUGACUAAAGCUCAAGUGGCACCAAAAGAGCUUUUUGCCAGUCCUGGGAGGAUCGAUGUGAAGUGUGGCUUUGACAUAGGAAUGAAGCUAGAGGCCGUCGACCGCAUGAACCCCUCUCUCAUCUGUGUAGCUACCAUCACUGAUGUGGUGGACAGCCGCUUCCUGGUUCAUUUUGACAACUGGGACGACACGUACGACUACUGGUGUGAUGCCAGCAGUCCGUACAUCCACCCUAUUGGUUGGUGCCAGGAGCGGAACCUCCCUUUAACACCACCCCAAGAUUACCCUGACCAGGGCCGCUUCUCCUGGUCUCGGUACCUGGAGGAGACAGGCUCCAAGGCUGUGGCUGCGGACGCGUUUAAAGUGAGACCGGCCCACAGCUUUCAGCCCCAGAUGAAACUGGAGGCAGUGGACAAGAGGAGUCCUGGUCUGAUCAGAGUGGCCACUGUGGAGGAGGUUGAGACUCAUCGCAUCAAGGUCCACUACGAUGGCUGGAGUCACGUCUACGAUGAGUGGAUGGACUCCGAUCAUCCUGAUAUCCAUCCGGCAGGCUGGUGUGAGGCCACUGGUCACCCCCUUAAAGUUCCUCCACGGGAUGCUAAAACACAUCAGCCACAUGGGGUGAGGGAGCCUCCAGCUACAGGCCAGUCCACCUACCCCUCCUCUGUUCCCUGUAAACCCAUCAGCCAUCCCAGAACAAACAAGUACAGCUUCCACAACAGGAAGUGUCCAACUCCAGGCUGCGACGGCUCAGGUCAUGUGACUGGCCGUUUCACUGCCCAUCACUGCAUAUCCGGCUGCCCGUUGGCAGAGCGUAACCAGGGCAGGCUGAAGGCCGACCUGUCAGACUCAGAGUGCAAGAGAAACCUCUUUUUUGGCUCAAGAGCAAAAAAAUCUCAUUACCGUGGCAGGAUUGGUCGGCCGCCCAAAUACAGAAAGAACCAACAAAGAGACUACCAAAAUAUGUCCUCAGAGGGAGGGUAUCCAUCGCUGUUCAUGUCGGCCCUGAGUGGUCAGUCCGACCGGACUCUGUCCCUGUGCUGGGAGCAGCACUGCAAGCUGCUGCCCGGCGUCCAGGGCAUCCACGCCAGCCAGGUGGCAGCAUGGAGCGUCGAGGAGGUCUUCAGGUUCGUCCAGAAUUUGAUCGGCUGUGAAGAACAGGCUCGUCUCUUCAAAGAAGAGAUGAUUGACGGCGAGGCUUUCCUGCUGCUGACCCAAACUGACAUUGUGAAGAUCAUGAGCAUCAAACUAGGCCCCGCCCUCAAGAUCUCCAACGCCAUCCUCAUGUUCAAGACCACAGACGAGGGACUCAAGUGAUCCCUUUCCUACGCGCUGGGGUGGUGUGGCAGGGGG